AUGCCCUCCGAAAACGACGAACUCCUGGCAAGAAUCAGCCAGCUGGCUGGUCAAAUAAAUCGUCACAAAGCCUCUGUGGCGUCAUCGACAUCCUCGUCACGGCCUCAGCAUCAGCAGCCAUCUUACCCCACCAACAGACACCAGCCGUACCCCCCUCCUCAUGCCCAUCAUGCAAGCCAUGCAAGCCAUCGAGGACAUGGAUCAAGUCAUUCUUGGGCACCGACUCGUGGAGCCACAAGCUAUCGGAGCCGGGGCCGUGGCGGGAGACAAAUGCCAUCCGGGCAUAGGAAUCGGACGUUGGUUCUUAACAGCUCUGCUCCAGCGAGCGGAACUAACUCCCGAGGGGAAACACCAACCACUGGGACUGACGACGAGACCAUGACUGAUGUCAAUGAUGCCAUCGCGAUGCCUACAACCUCGGGAUCCAAUGGAUCCACAGCAGCACCCAACUCUGGUAGCUGGGUCGCAAAACGUGACCGACACAUGCAACUCAUCAACUCCUCCGUGUACGACCAACAUUUGCAGACUCGGGCGAAGGCGAUAGAACAAACUCGUCAAGACAAGCUGAAAAAGAAGGAAGAAAGCGAAAAGGCGAAGUUGCGUAGUUUCCUGCAAGGGUCGCAGCAGUAUGGCAUCGUGAACACUGUUGGAAGAAUCAAAUCUAAGCCAACGAAUGUGGCUACUUAUCAGCAUGAGAUCGUUAUCAAUGGAGCGAGAUAUAAAAUUACAGUCGAUGGAAGUAAAUUAGUGAAGGUUUCAGAGCAGAUGAUGCAAAGAAACCAACUCCAAAGACGGCGGUUGUUGGUGGUGUCACUUUCUACCGGAGUAAGGGUGGCAAUCUUUGGAGAGCGGGAGUGGUCCGGAGGCAACAGCGGUCAGUAG